GAUAGCCAGAACAUGCGCCACUCUGGAGGGUGACAGGUUGGGGGUGACAGGUGUUGCAGACCACAGUGGCUCAUGCAAGGCUCCCCUUUCUGCCCUCCCACCUGCAGAUGACAUGUCCUUGGAUCUGUUGCUGGAAAAAACGCACCGAGUCUUCCGGGUUAUAGAAAUAAACCAGAGCCUCGCUGACUUCCCAAAGUUUUGGAACUGGCUCCAUGAAGUUAAGAUACCAGAGCAGAGCAGAGAAGCGCUGUGCCCUCCGGCUUGCCAGGGAUCAGCCUUGGUGUGGAACUGUACCACUUGCCGGAGAGUGGAGGUGCGCUGCUGGGAAAUGAAGACCUGUUAUCCAGAGGGCGGAGGUCUGGAAAAAAUCACCCGGUUAAUCUGCUCCAUCUCUGGGUCCUGCCUUUUCCUGGGCAUCGUCUCUUGUGCUCUCGAGUUUUGGCUCCGCGCGAACACGAGAGAAGAGGAGGGGCCGGUAUAGGAAAGGGGAGCAAAAUGCUUGCAGGCCCCUCCAUAAUCUCCUCCUUUGCACAUGAAGGGGGGGGGCGUUGUAUGGGAGUCAAAAUACGUGAGGCACGAGCUCAGAGAAGCGAUGCUGGCGACACCCAACAUCGUGCAAGCAAUGUUCAGGACACAGAGGUCUUGGCUGUGGCUGCCUCCCAUAAGCACAUGUGCAAAAUAACUGCACUUUUUAAAAAAAUGCACAGAUCCGCAUGUAAUUCCAAAACCCCCCCCAUUUUUAUUCAGUUAUAUAUAGAAAAAAAAGCACAUAUUCUGAUGCAAACAGGAACACUAGAAAGCGCCGAUAAUUCCCCCCUCUCCGCUGCUAUAACUCCCGAGGUGCAAAAUUAUCCCAUGUUAUGAAAUGUAGAUUUAUUUAUAUUCUAGUUCAAUCAGCCACAAAGGCACUUCUAGGCUGAUUUAAAAGCUCCACAGGCAGUGGGUAAGGAAAUCAGAGAGCAGGGGUCUUUUUAAAAAAAGCAAACUGUUUGUGUUUAAAACGCCCAAUCCAUUAAAUUAUCGUCCGAUUUAACGAGUUCCAGAUUGAAGCAUAUUGGGUUGGGCAGGGGGAAUUUAUUUGAUUGCCUUUGUUGCAAAUGUUGUGUCAUAAAACCGAACCCUGCCUUGAAUUUGCCUGGUUUUUGAAAUAAUUAUUUGCGC